AUGUUGGUGAUAAACAGGCUGCUGAUCUGGUGUGGUCAAACUGCCUUACAAGCACUGAAGAGAAAAAAGAGAUAUGAGAAACAGUUGAGUCAAAUUGAUGGGACACUUUCGACCAUUGAGUUCCAGAGAGAGGCAUUGGAAAAUUCCCACACCAACACAGAAGUGCUCAAGAACAUGGGUUAUGCUGCACAAGCCAUGAAAAAAGUGCAUGAAAAUAUGGACUUGAACAAAAUUGAUGAUUUGAUGCAGGAUAUCACUGAACAGCAAGAUGUUGCCCAGGAAAUUUCAGAUGCUAUCUCAAACAGAGCUGGCUUUGGUGAUGAGUUUGAUGAGGAUGAGCUGAUGGCAGAAUUAGAAGAAUUGGAGCAAGAAGAAUUGAACAAGGGAAUGAGAAAUGUCAGACUGCCAAGUGUUCCGUCCACAUCGCUGCCUUCUCGCCCUGCAUCGACCAGGAAGAGAGCGGAGGAUGAAGAUGAAAUGAAGAAGCUGGCUGCCUGGGCUUCAUAA